UUACCUGCGAAGAUCGAGUGAUCAAUGCUGUCACCGUUUUGUUUACGAAAUAGGAAAACUGACAGCAUUCUGAUGUGUUCAUGAAUGUAAAUUUUCCUUAUCAACAGUGUAUUUUUGGUAGCUUCAAAAAACAGGUUGAAACCUUUCAUCAUUCCAUUAUCAGUUAUUAAUCAAGUUGUGAAGUCAUCUCCUGUGAGUUCAGUGAGUUUAAUAUAAAAUCAGAAUGGUACGCGCCUGGUUUAUGGACAACGAACCGACCGAUCAACGAUUAGAACACCAGCUUGAUCCGCCCAAGUUUCUAACGCUGGAUGAUCUUUACAAAAGCACCGGAGUGGAAUAUUUUAAAAUUAAUGUUCCAUCGUACGACACGGAUGGAGUGCUGGCAAAGAUCCGCAACGAUCGUGGCUAUUCGUAUGAGGACGAAAUCACUUGUUCCGAGGCGUGUUUGCCCGACUACGCGAACAAAUUAAAGUCCUUUUUCACCGAGCAUUUGCACACGGACGAAGAGAUUCGUCUGGUUAUGGACGGAUCUGGAUAUUUCGAUGUACGCAACGGACCGGAUGAUGCAUGGAUACGGAUUGAAGUUGUUGCUGGUGAUUUGAUUAUCAUUCCCAGUGGAAUUUACCACCGUUUCACGCUGGAUGCCAAGAAUUACAUCAAAGCGAAGCGAUACUUUGUUGGAGAACCGGUCUGGUUGCCGUACAAUCGUCCCGCUGAUGAAAUGGACUGUCGCAAGGAGUAUUUGAAAAGAUUGGAAACCGGAUUUGUCGCAUAAUCUCAGCCGGGAAACUGAAACAUCGUGCAGAUCGUGGCUGCAAUAUAAACACAUGAAAAUUUUGUUAACACUUUGCUCAAGGUUAUAUGCCGAUGAACAACAACCAGACAGCAUCUAAUGCAAUAUUAAUGUUUCUUAAUAAAAUGUUACUCAAAACUAUUA